AUGAAGUAUAUUUAAAAAUUGAAUCCAGUAAGAAUUCAAUGUUCUCAUUGUAAAAUCAUUAUCCUAAUUAAUAUAUUAAAUUAGAAAAAAGGAAAUAACAAAAAUAGUUUAAAAAGGAUUUUAGGAACCUUAAGUUAAAAAUGGAUUGAGAAUAAUAUUAAUAUGAUAGAUUGUUCUAUGAUAAAAAAAUGUUUCAAACUACUUGAUGCAUUAUCAUAUGAAAUAGUCCAUAUUUAACAAGUCAUAAAUUUAAUUAAAAAAAGUUCGUAGGAAAUGAAAAUAAUGUAUCUUUAUGUAUAUUUAAUACUUUUGAGUGAGAUUAUUGAAAAACAUUUAUUUUUCUUUUUUUUUCUCUAGAAAAUAAUUCUGAUAUCUUUUGAAUUGAUGAUGCCAAAUCAACGCUCUCUAUUGGGUAAAAUAUGAU